AUGAAUAAAAACAAUCAAUUAUUACAUUUAGAUGAUCUACCCAAUGAGAUAUUUCACUAUGGAAUUUUUCCUUAUUUGUCAUGGCAAGAAUUAUAUUAUUCAUUCUUUGGCCUUAAUAAACGUAUCAAUAAAAUUCUUCAAUCAUUAACACAUUUAAGUUUUAUCGUCAAUUCCUCAAAUGAACAUCAUCCGGCACUUUUAUUUUUUGCUCCAUGUAUUGGACGUCUAACAGUAUGGCUUGGACAAUUUGAUAUAGCACCAUUUUCAGCUCUGCGUUUCCUAACUCUUAAAUAUCCAAGUUUGCAACAGCGAAACUACAUUCGACCUGAAAAUUUUCCGCAUCUCAAAUAUUUAAAUCUUUCUUAUCCACUUGAAGAUUCAAUUCUUUUAAAUUUAAUCUUUUCAAAUGUUUUUGAACAUCUAAAAACAUGUAGACUCGAUCGAACUUCUACUGAUCAUUCUUGGAAUGGUUCUCCAGAACUUCGUUCACUAUCAAUUAGUGUAUAUGAUUCAUAUGGAAUUAUUUGUGUACUUCGUGCUUGUCCAAACAUAUCUCGAUUAAGUAUUAUUGUAUAUGAAACACCUCAAAAUAAUCUAACUCUUCCACGACAUUCUAUUUCUUGUAUGAAUUUGCUUCUUCAAUAUAUCUUCAUUCGUUCGACAUUCGAAAUACUUGCUGCCAUUCUGAAACUGACACCUAAUCUUAAAUGGCUUACUUUUGAUGAUAUUCAAGGUCAUAAACAUGCAGCAAAUCCCGCAUUAAAUUUCAAAAUUUUGGCUAAGACUCUCUCAAUUCCUAAACAACUCUCUUAUCUUCAUUUUACGAUUUUAAUGUCCGAUCGAAAUUUAGAUUCACCUUUGCGUACUUUGCAUCCACUCUUUAAACAUGUUAAAUAUGUUGAUUCAUCUAAAGUUAUUCUAUCCAGUUCUGUUAUAUAA